UUCUCUCGCGGCCCCUCGCUGCCGCCCGCGCCGGGAUGAAGGCGCCGGGCUGCCGCCGGCGGCAGCUCCCCGUCCUGCUGCUGUGGGUUAAUGGUCUAAUGACACUUGGAUUCGCAGGUGCACGUCAACAUACUAAUCUCUGCAAUGAAUCUCUCAUGUUAGAAAAGUUGCCUGCCUGUGGAAAAUCCUUUGAAGAGAUGAUGAAGAAAGUGGACAGUAAAAAAUGGUGCAACCUGACAGAAUUUAUCAUGUAUUACGACAACUUUACCCAGUGCACAGAACGUGAAGCCAACAAUGCGAGUUGCUUUUGGCCAAACCCCCUCGCAGAGGGCUUUAUCACUGGAAUUCAUAAACAAUUCUUUUCAAACUGUACUUCAGAAAAGGUUCACUGGGAAGAUCCACCAGAUGAAAUUCUCAUAACUCUGAUCUUGAUCCCAGUCAUGUUGACAUGUGCCAUGAUAACACUGGUAGUAUGGUGCAGCAAGAGAAGUGAUAUCCUGGUGUAAGUUGUUCCUCUGGGCUUUCUUUUUCUCCAUUUCCUUCUUCCAAAAACACUGAGAAAGAAGGACAAAGAGAAAAACUAGACAUAACAUUUCAGAUCUGCUGAAAUGGAACCUGUGAGAUACUGAAACAGAGACAAUGCUCCUGUGAACAAAGAGCUGCCUGCUGUUGCUGCCAAAAGUCACUGCUUCUGAGCUUGGCCAUCGGUGUUGCUGGUGCAAAGCUCUCUACUUCCAUCGGGCCUCAUCAUCAUGUAAUUCACAGGCAGCUCCCAGAAACAGGAAAGUCCUCAGGCAAACGGACCCCUUAGCUGCAAAAGGGGUAAAGUUACAUUCCCAUGGGUAAAGCUGGUUGGUAAACUAAGUUUUGCAAAACUGUGUAUAAGUGUAUGUACGCAUGGUGUAACAUUGACUGUGGGGACGAUAGGAUCUCUUGAGUUUUUGUGCAGGACACUUGAGGUUGUAAUCUGUGAACUCUGUGACUUGGAUAGAAGAUCGCUGGCAAAGGAACUGAACAAAGAUGUAACCAGGUGGCAGCUUUUCCUGGAAGCUAGUCAAAAACAUCAUUAUCAAGAACUGGACGUAUUGUCCUGGCAAAGGAACAAUUUAUGUGUCCAGUGACUAUCCUCAUGGGGAAAUUAUCAUGCCACGUUAUAAAAUAGUUUAUAAAAUGCCUUUAAGCAUGGCUACUUGGAAUUGUAUGGCUUACAAACAAACUCUGGGAAGAUAUACAGGUCUUAUUUUACAGAGCUGGAAAAUGUGAGAGGAAAUUGGUCGAUUAUAAUUAUACUAAGGAGUAAUGAAGAAACUUUCAUAUGCCAGACUCUUUAUUUUUCCUCUUUUAUAAUUAAUAUUCUUGAUGACUUGUGUUCACUGUGUACUACCCACUCUCACUUCAAUUUGUACAAGUGAUACCCUACAAAUAAAUAUAAAGGUGUCAUGUUG